CUCUCUCUCUCUCUCUCUCUCUCUCUCUCUCUCUAUAUAUAUAUAUAUAUACAUACAUAAUUUUACGUAUAUAAAUACCAACAUUGUGAGGAUGAUUAUUGAGCAAGCCUAGCUAACUCAAACUUCUUUUUUUGUUGUUCUUCUCCUUCUCCUUCUUGUUGUUUUAAGAGAUAAAGAGAGGGUUCAAAUUAAGAUGUUCAUUAUUAUGAGGAGCACCUUAUUUGUCAUAUUAUUAUUGUUGCUUGUGUUUGAGAUGCAAAAGUGUUCAUCAUUACCAGAGAAAUACGACACAGGAUUAAGUAGGAGGAGUUUCCCACCUGGAUUUGUCUUUGGAAUAGCUUCUUCAUCAUACCAGUAUGAGGGAGCUGUGAAAGUGGCUGGGAGAGGACAAACAAUUUGGGACACAUUUGCUCAUUCAUUUGGUAAGGUGAUCGAUUUCAGCAACGCCGAUGUCGCGGUUGAUCAGUACCACCGUUUCGCGGAAGAUGUACAGCUUAUGUCAGAUAUGGGAAUGGAUGCAUACAGAUUCUCAAUUGCAUGGUCUCGAAUUUUUCCGAAUGGAACUGGUGAAAUCGAUCGGCGCGGGAUCGAUCACUACAACAGAUUGAUCGAUGCAUUGCUAGCAAAAGGAAUUGAACCAUAUGUGACCCUUUAUCAUUGGGACCUUCCUCAAGCAUUGGAAGAUAAAUACAACGGUUGGCUCGAUCGGCAGAUCAUAAAAGACUACGCAAACUACGCAGAGACAUGCUUCAAGGUGUUUGGAGACAGGGUGAAGCACUGGAUAACAUUCAAUGAGCCCCACACAUUCGCGAUUCAAGGCUACGACGUCGGGCUCCAGGCGCCCGGGCGCUGCUCCAUUCUCCUCCAUCUCUUCUGCCGAGCUGGAAAUUCGGCCACUGAGCCGUAUAUCGUUGCCCACAACGUCCUGCUGUCGCAUGCUGCUGUCGCAGACAUAUACAGAAGAAGCUACAAAUCGACGCAGCACGGAUCGGUCGGAAUAGCAUUAGAUGUUAUGUGGUUCGAACCGAUGACGAAUAGUUCUGAAGAUAUUGCUGCAACACAAAGAGCACAGGAUUUCCAAUUUGGAUGGUUCAUGGAUCCCUUAUUCUUUGGGGACUAUCCAAUUUCAAUGAGAACAAGGGUUAAAAACAGAUUGCCAAGAUUUACAAGUGAUGAGGCUGCUCUAAUCAAGGGGUCCUUAGAUUUUGUGGGAAUCAAUCACUAUACAACAUAUUAUGCGCAGAAAAGUUCUACCGAUAUAAUCGGCCGGUUACUCAAUGAUACCCUGGCGGAUUCAGGCGCCGCUACUCUACCCUUCAAGGAUCUGCGACCAAUCGGAGAUAGGGCUAAUUCAAUAUAGCUAUAUAUCGUACCUCGAGGAAUGAGAAGCCUGAUGAACUACAUCAAGCAGAAGUACAGCAAUCCACCAGUUUUCAUCACAGAAAAUGGGAUGGAUGAUCCAAAUAGUCCCUCCAUUUCCAUCAAGGAUGCUCUGAAGGAUGAUAAAAGAAUCAACUAUCACAAUGAUUACCUCGCAAACUUGUCGGCCGCCAUCAGGGAGGACGGUUGUGAUGUGCGCGGUUACUUCGCGUGGUCUCUUCUGGACAACUGGGAAUGGGCCGCUGGUUACACUUCAAGGUUCGGGCUAUAUUUCGUCGACUACAACAACAAUCUGACGAGAUACCCUAAGAACUCAGUCCAUUGGUUCAGGAACCUACUGAGCUCUUCCUAAUUGUAGUCCUAGGACUUGCAUGCAGCUUCCAUAUCUCUUAUGUUAUUGUAGCCCAAAUUACCUGGAUUGUAGUUAAUUGUUCUUGGAUUUGAUUUGAGAAAUUUUCCUAAGAAACACUUGUAAUUGAGUCCUUUACACUACAAAAAAAAACAUUGGAUUGGUACAGUUAAUUUGUUCA